UCCCCAUCAUCCCCGCAUCCCUCGCCGGCCGCUCGGGCUGAGGGCCGGGCUAUGCAGCUGCGGGGAGCAGGGGGCUGCGGGCGCGCGUCCCUGCGGCGGCGUCCCCGGGGCCCGCGCCCCGUGCGCCCCCGCGCCCGCUGCGGGCGCCUGCUCCCUCCGUCGAGCCGCGUCUUUGUGUGCGGGGGUGUGGGAGGCGAGCGCGAGUCCGCGCCGCGCUGCCGAGUGCCCGCUCCCUCCCAGGGCGGGUGGGGGCCUCUCCGCGCCACCCGCCGCCGCCGCCGCCGCCGCCUCGCGAGGACGCCCGUCGCCCGCGCCGCCCGCACCGCGCCGGGCGCGCCGCCCCCGCCCGCCGCCGCUCGCACAUGCCCGAGCCGCAGCCCCGCGAGCAAGCAGCGCCGGCCCCCCGCCCCGCGGCCCCGGGCCCCGGCUCCGGCGCCGUCCCUCCUCCCCGGCCGGGCGCCGCGGCCCCGGCAUGAGGAGCGGGCGAUGAUCCCCGCCAACGCCUCCGCCAGGAAGGGGCCCGAGGGCAAAUACCCGCUGCACUACCUCGUGUGGUACAACCGCCACCGCGAGCUGGAGAAGGAGGUCCGCGCCGGCCAGGUGGACAUCGAACAGCUGGAUCCCCGCGGCCGGACUCCCCUGCACCUGGCCACCACGCUGGGGCACCUUGAGUGUGCCCGUGUGCUCCUGGCGCACGGCGCAGACGUGGGCAGGGAGAAUCGCAGCGGCUGGACAGUGCUCCAGGAGGCUGUGAGUACGCGGGAUCUGGAGCUGGUGCAGCUGGUGCUGCGGUACCGGGACUACCAGCGGGUGGUGAAGCGGCUGGCGGGCAUCCCCGUGCUCCUGGAGAAGCUGCGCAAGGCCCAGGACUUCUACGUGGAGAUGAAAUGGGAGUUCACUAGCUGGGUGCCCCUGGUGUCCAAGAUCUGCCCUAGUGACACCUACAAAGUGUGGAAGAGCGGCCAGAACCUGAGGGUAGACACCACGCUCCUGGGCUUUGACCACAUGACCUGGCAGCGAGGGAACCGCAGCUUUGUCUUCAGGGGCCAAGACACAAGCGCUGUGGUCAUGGAAAUUGACCACGACCGCCGGGUGGUGUACACAGAGACCCUGGCAUUGGCUGGGCAGGACCGGGAGCUGCUACUGGCUGCUGCUCAGCCCACUGAGGAACAGGUGCUGAGCCGGCUCACCGCGCCUGUCGUCACCACGCAGCUUGACACCAAGAAUAUCUCCUUUGAGAGGAACAAGACUGGCAUUCUGGGCUGGCGCAGUGAAAAGACGGAGAUGGUGAAUGGGUAUGAAGCUAAGGUGUAUGGAGCAUCCAACGUGGAGCUCAUCACCCGGACACGGACAGAGCAUCUUUCAGAACAGCACAAGGGCAAGGUCAAAGGCUGUAAGACGCCUUUGCAGUCCUUCCUGGGAAUCGCUGAGCAGCACGGGGGCCCCCAAAAUGGGACCCUGAUUACUCAGACUCUGAGCCAAGCCAACCCCACUGCCAUCACUGCAGAAGAAUACUUCAACCCCAACUUUGAGCUGGGCAACCGUGAUAUGGGCCGCCCCAUGGAACUGACCACCAAGACACAGAAGUUCAAGGCCAAGCUGUGGCUGUGUGAGGAGCAUCCCCUGUCCCUGUGUGAGCAGGUGGCCCCCAUCAUUGAUCUCAUGGCCGUCAGCAAUGCGCUUUUUGCCAAGCUCCGGGACUUCAUCACCCUGCGCCUGCCUCCUGGCUUCCCGGUCAAGAUUGAAAUCCCCAUCUUCCACAUCCUCAACGCACGCAUCACCUUCGGGAACCUCAACGGCUGUGACGAGCCGGUGCCAUCGGUGCGAGGCAGCCCCAGCAGCGAGACGCCUUCCCCAGGCAGCGACUCCUCCAGCGUCAGCAGCUCCAGCUCCACGACCUCCUGCCGCGGCUGCGAGAUCUCCCCGGCGUUGUUCGAGGCCCCGCGCGGCUACAGCGUGAUGGGCGGCCAGCGGGAGGCGGCGACCCGGGACGACGAUGACGACCUGCUGCAAUUCGCCAUCCAGCAGAGCCUGCUUGAGGCGGGCAGUGAGUAUGACCAGGUCACCAUCUGGGAGGCGCUAACCAACAGCAAGCCUGGCACCCACCCCAUGUCCUACGAGGGUCGCCGACAGGACAGGAGCGCCCCGCCCACGCCGCAGCGCCAGCCUGCGCCCCCGGCGUCAGUGCCCAGCCCUCGGCCCAGCUCAGGGCCAGGUUCCAGCGGCCACGUGUUCCGGAGCUACGACGAGCAGCUGCGGCUGGCGAUGGAGCUGUCCGCGCAGGAGCAGGAGGAGCGGCGGCGGCGCGCGCGCCAGGAGGAGGAGGAGCUGGAGCGCAUCCUUAGGCUCUCACUGACCGAGCAGUAGCGCCCCCUGCCGGGACCCUCGCCUGCGCCAUGCGCGCCACGCCCAGGGCCAGGAGCCAGACAAGCCUAGGCCUGCGCGCCUGCAGAGCGGCGGCUGGAGACUGGAGCCACUGCCUCGCCGGUGCAGCAGCGCAGCAGGCACGAUUCGGGGAGGGAUUCGGCAUGGCCGCGGGGUACCUUCCCAGCCCAGGGCCCUGGAGGCAGCUGGCACGGCCUGGUUCCCCUGCUUUGCUGUAUGCUGAUUCCCCAACCCGCUCCCCUGGGCUCAGAUCUGUCCUGGGGCGGAGCCAGGCGGUCCUGAGGGCGAGAUGAAUCCUUAGAGGAGCGCUGUCCCCAUCCCUUGCUCCUUGUGGCCGGUCCGCAUUUCUGUUCACUAAUCCCACUCCAGGACACUGCCCCUGAAGCCUUUGCAUCUCUGCUCUUCACUCCUGGGGGGCAGCUGAGCUCCUCGCGUGCUGUGUCGCUGCUUUGUCCCAGACACAAACCAGCACGUCUAGGGCCCAGCCCCUCCCCAACCCCGGCAUUUCAGCGUCAAGUGCACUUACCGGGGUACCUGGCUCCCCCAGCCCCCACACCCGUCCUGGGUCUCAGGGUGGUUCCAGCUUCUCCUUGGGCAGCCAGAAGUUGGAGUCCCAUCCCCCAAGGCACAUUUUUUUUUUUUUUUUUUGGGUGAUCAGGGAGUGUGUCCAAGGUAGCCCCCUGGCCUGGGCAAGCCCUGACUCCCUCAUGGUGCCUCAGAGAGUGGGGAGCAUAUUGGGCUGGGUAAGCACUAGACCCGAGUAGACUGGACACAAAGGGCUCGCCCAGGGCCCUGGCACCACCCCCACCCCUUCCCACCAGCUGCUGCUAGCCUCUGUGGUUGUACAUCCCACUUGCCCCCACACGGAGACUGACUCUAAAACCCUUCAUCCAAUGGUGCUAACACCCGGCUCUCCCCUGCCCCACCUCACCCACCCAGAGAAGCACAGACCCCGCUAGGGGCAGGGGCCCACCGCACACCCUUGUCCCGGGCCUGUCUGGGACUGGCCUUCCCGGCUCAGCCCCUGAGGCUCAGAGGGGACACAAAAAGGGAUGGAAGAAAAGAACAAAGAGAAACUGUUCCUCUCACCCCCUUCCCUGAUGCCAGGGGCACCAGACUGAUUCUGAGGCACAAAUAAAAGAGGCUUCAAACCGGA